AUGAUCGCCGCUCAGGCCAAGCUGGUUUACCAGCUCAAUAAAUACUACACUGAGCGCUGCCAAGCGCGCAAGGCAGCCAUCGCCAAGACCAUCCGAGAGGUCUGUAAGGUGGUCUCGGACGUGCUAAAGGAAGUGGAGGUGCAGGAGCCCCGCUUCAUCAGCUCCUUGAGCGAGAUCGAUGCCCGCUACGAGGGGCUGGAGGUCAUCUCGCCCACGGAAUUUGAGGUGGUGCUCUACCUAAACCAGAUGGGCGUCUUCAACUUCGUGGACGACGGCUCACUGCCCGGCUGCGCGGUGCUCAAACUGAGCGAUGGGCGGAAACGGAGCAUGUCUCUCUGGGUCGAGUUCAUCACAGCGUCCGGCUACCUCUCAGCACGCAAGAUCCGCUCACGUUUCCAGACGCUGGUGGCUCAGGCGGUGGACAAGUGCAGCUAUCGGGAUGUGGUCAAGAUGAUCGCGGAUACCAGCGAGGUCAAGUUGCGCAUCAGGGAGCGCUACGUGGUGCAGAUCACUCCGGCGUUCAAGUGCACGGGUAUCUGGCCUCGCAGUGCGGCACAGUGGCCUAUGCCCCACAUCCCCUGGCCAGGCCCCAAUAGGGUGGCGGAGGUCAAGGCUGAAGGGUUCAACUUGCUCUCGAAGGAGUGCUACUCACUGACCGGCAAGCAGAGCUCUGCGGAGAGCGACGCCUGGGUGCUACAGUUCGGGGAGGCUGAGAACCGCCUGCUGAUGGGCGGCUGCCGAAACAAGUGCCUCUCUGUGCUGAAGACGCUGCGGGACCGCCACCUGGAGCUGCCAGGCCAGCCGCUCAAUAACUACCACAUGAAGACGCUGCUGCUGUACGAGUGCGAGAAACACCCGCGGGAAACGGACUGGGAUGAGGCGUGCCUCGGCGAUCGGCUCAACGGCAUCCUGCUGCAGCUCAUCUCCUGCCUUCAGUGCCGCCGCUGCCCUCACUACUUUCUGCCCAACCUCGACCUUUUUCAGGGCAAGCCCCAUUCGGCCCUGGAGAGCGCUGCCAAGCAGACCUGGAGGUUGGCCAGGGAAAUUCUCACCAAUCCCAAAAGCCUGGACAAACUAUAG